AUGGGCAGAAAGGCUCACGGUGCUAUCCCGGGAUGGUAUUUCCCGCUGAUGGUCGCCUCACUAGCUGCUCGGGGCCUGGCAGACAGCAACGAAUAUGAAAUCCUGGCUAUUUCUGACAGGACUGUGGCGAGUUGCACAGAGGACUGUUCACAGAAGAAUCUUCCCUGCCGUGUUAUUAAAGGCAACUGUCUGCCCAAGUACCAUGACACUUGGCUUCUCUCACCACCUCGAAACAUGGAUAUACACAUUGUUCUGCUGAAGGGGGUCGGACCAGUGCUAGAGAUCAACUUCACCUAUUCAGCUGAUGCAAAUCUAAUUUCCAUCAAUAAGACGGUGAUUGCCAUUUCUCAAGUGGGCUCGGUACAGUGUGUAACAUACUGGUACAUCAAUGGAUUCCCAGCACAGACUAACUACAAAGGAGAACUGUGGAGUCUGACAUAUCACAGCUGCCAUCGGCUGAAACCUGCACAGCUUCUGUCCAUUAAUAUCUACAGCAUCCCACCCACAGAGGUCCUGGUGAAGAAUAUUCGCUUACCAGAUUGUAACAAUCCGGUGAUGAAAAGAUACUCUGGAGACUACUGUCCAGAGAUCACUGUUCACUGUAUUCUGAACAACACGGACUUUACGGUGACCUACAGCAGCUCCCAUCGCAACCUCGAGUACUUGGUGUAUCUCUGUAUCUGGAAGAGCCGGUUCUGCAGCACUGAAGAGGCUCACAACUUUGCACUGCCCAAGGACACAAUUGGGAAAACCAACAGCGUUACAUUCAGGAAUGUUCCAAUGAUUCCGUGCCUGUGUGUCAGGAUAGCCACAAAAAGCCACAGUCUGUACCAAGAGCAAAUAGAAUGCCCAUUGAAAGGGAGCCAUCAACUGAGAAUCAAGUUGGAAUCAACUCCCUCAGCUCUCCAGUUGCAACCCAGUGGCUUUCCAGCAAUCUGCACCAUCAGAAUCAAAGCAAUGUUCUACUACAAAGAAGACUACACAGGGUGGCUCACAAAUAUGUCAGAAGUUCAAGAAUUAUUGGUCUCUGAAUCAAAGGUACAUGAAUUUAGCAUCAAACCAUCCCUGCAGCACAAGGCGUUGUGUGCGAAGGUCUGGUCUGAUGACAUCUACCCACUGCCUGAAAAAAUCUACUGUACACAGCCAAAGAGAACUCUAUCCUGCUGGUUUGCUGCCACAUCUUUAAUAAGCCUCGUCCUAUGUCCGCUGACAGCAAUGAUCCUAUACAAGAAAUAUAUGAAAGGAUCUCAGCUUUGUCAGAAACUUCAAGAAGAAAAUGAACAGCUGAAAAUGCGAAUGGCCCCAGUAAAGCUGCUGCUGCUUUGCUGCUGGGAUCACAGAUAUUUCCAGGCAGUGAUUGAAGCCUUAGCCUGCUACCUCCUGCAGGAUUGCAAGUGCGAAGUGACCCUGGAGCUGUGGGAGAGGAGGCAGCUCGCCGAGAAGGGCACGAUGAUCUGGCUGUCUGAGAAACUAGCAGCAGCGGAUAAAGUAACCAUUAUCUGGUCAAAGGGGGCAGACGUGAAGUGGAAAACCAAGUCCCUGCUUGAAGAGGACAAACCUUAUUUUGUGGAAUUUGAAUUUGGUGACUUAUUCACUCCUGCCUUGCUAAACGUCGCAGACCAGAAGCCCAUGUCCUUGACUGAGAAAUUCUCUGUUGUUUACUUUGAGAGGAUCAGUGCUGGGGUGAAGGUGCCUGAGAUCUUCCGGAAGAAGCAGACGUACAAACUGAUGGAUGACUUGCAGAAGUUCCGACAAAUGCUCACAUACACCAAGGGGACUGAGUGGACGGUCAGUAAAACUCAGCAGAAGCUGAUCAACAGCAUUGAGGCAUUCGCUGCCUAUCAGCGGCUCUGUCCUUCUUGGUUUGAGGAUUGGCAUUACAGAGAGGGUGGCGAUCACGUCUCCUUCCCUUCACCUGCAUCUCCUGAAAAGAAAUUCUCCGUACUGGACAAAUUGAUGAUGCGAGAGAGGAAUCCGGCUGAAGUAUCUCACGUAGCCCUCGCCGCAGCUGAUCAGCACAGUGCCUGCAUGGGAAAGAACGCGAUUGUCAAAGCCAAAGCAUCGCUUCUGUCCUGCAACGCCCACGUGUCCAGUUUGGUUCACGACACUUGUUGCAGUGUUCCCCAGGAGUCCUUGGCCUUGUCCUCUGGGUAUGACCGUCAAUGCACGCUGACUCCUGAAAGCAGCAAAUCAGAGUGA